GACUCGGCCCGGGAGAGAACUAAGAGGCCGUGGGCAGCGGCGAGGGUGAGCAGGGGCCAGGAGGACCAAGGGGCUAAGUGAGUGGGCACUCGGGGGCCAGGAGGGCAGGAAGGCCCAGCAAGGAAGGAUGUCAGGAGCCAGCCUAGGGGCAGGAGGACAGCCAGGUCCCGGGGGCUGGGCCCUGUGCCCGCUACCACCUGCGCCCACCUCCAAGGGAAAGAGAAGCUGGCCCUGCACUCUCUGCCUCUCAUGUGAGAGCUUGACCCAGUCUGGUGCCCGGUGCCCUACAGAUCGCUGGCCUCCCCAAUGACACACUGUCAGUGGAGAACGGGGUCAUCAACCAGUUCUCCCAGCGCUGGACCCACUUCAUCGACCCUCAGGGCCAGGCCAACAAAUGGAUCAAGAACAUGGAGAAGGACAGUGGGCUGGAUGUGUUCAAGCUGAGUGACCGAGACUUCCUGCGCAGCAUGGAGAAUGCCAUCCGCUUUGGAAAGCCUUGCCUUCUGGAGAAUGUGGGCGAGGAGCUGGACCCGGCCCUGGAGCCCGUGCUGCUCAAGCAGACGUACAAGCAGCAGGGGAGCACGAUGCUAAAGCUGGGGGACACGGCCAUCCCUUACCACGAGGACUUCAGGAUGUACAUCACCACCAAACUGCCCAACCCACACUACACACCCGAGGUCGCCACCAAACUCACCCUCAUCAACUUCACCCUGUCGCCCAG